UCAACUCUAAACAUGUUACAAUGAAAAUAAAGGACUCUUUAACAUUGAAUUCCCAACAGAUUACAACAGAUAAACCAAUUGUAUUCAUAUUAGAUGAGGUUAACAAAACAACUACAACUGAAAUAACACCUCUGAAAAAAAAAUGUAUGGUCCCUAUAGAUUAUUAUCAAAUUUAUUAAGUGAAGAAAAGGAUAUGAAAUCUAAAAACAAUAAAACUCAUCAAAAGGUAAUUAGAAUUGCUAAUGAAGAUAAUACUGAACAAUCAAAUCAUGAUCAAUCUAGUUCAGGUAUAUCAGAAAAUUCAAAUUGUAAAAAAGAUGAUCAAAAUCAUACCGCCAUCCCUAUUUUGAUCUCAGCAGAAAAUCCAUUAGGAUCAUUAAUUCAUAAAGAUCACUCUUGUAUGCCUGAAUGCUGCUAUUGUAACAGACAAUUUUAUUUACUAGAAACUGUUUUUCAUUUGGCACAAAUAAAGAAUCCAGAUAAGCAAAAAGCGUGUUUGGAAAAUACCACUCACUUAAUUGGAUCCGAUUCGUGUUUGUGUGUUGGUUGUUACAAAUCCAUAGAAAAACGAACUUCUAUAAAGAAUCUUAAAAAACGUACAUGUAUUGUAACGACUUGUGAACAAACUGCAUCUCGUGAUUUUCGUUCAAAAUGGAUGAAUACAUUAAAAUCUUUACUUUUAAUAAAUAAGAUCAAUUUUAGAGUUCAAACUAAUGAAGAAGAAGCAACGCAUAAAAUUCCGGUUUGCAAUGAACAUUAUGAACAGAUACUGUUAGUAGCUCAAUGUCAGUUAUGUGGAAAUCGAACGUUACAAAAGUUUCAUUUGCAUAAAUCUGAAGUGCAUGAAUAUCAAUCGAUUCUUAAUGAGGAUGAAAUUCCGGUAACAAUGAAAUAUGACAUUCUUAUUUGUAAACCAUGUCAUAUUUAUUUAUUAUUACGAAGAGAUAUAACUACGAAAAUGUCAUUUGAAUUAGAAAAGCACUGUGACGCUACUAGAAUAAGGAUCAUAAAUCAUUAUAGAUUGAAAAUGAAAAAAUUAGAACUUAUGAAAUUAGCAAAAUCUGAAAUAAAUAUUAAAAAAACGGAGGAAGAUGAUCAAUUGUUAUUGGUUAAAUCUCUGCCAACGAAGAAAAGAAAUAUUUUCACUCCAGAUUCUUCUAUGGUAUUUAAACCUAUAUCAUCAGCAAUAGAAUUUGUCAAUACUACAACAACCGUUAUAACGACUACAAUAGGAACAAAACCGCUAAUGACAACAAGAACGAUGACUAUGACACCUAUGUCUACGGUGUUAACUAGUGCAACAGAAAAUCUAUCACCGUUAAGAUUCAAUCAAAAAACACAACCAACAUUUCUCGAUACACACCCAUCUGUAUCAAGAACUAUAAAACGUCCUGUAACUACUAAUUAUAGAAAACACUCUAUGCCAGUUCAUAAGCUAACUAUACCAGAUCACAGAAUUACAAUUCCAGUUGAAAAACUUAUGUCCUCUAUUAAUAGAGUUGAUAGACCUAUGACUCAAGUUGAUAAAUCUAUAACUCAAAUUAAAAAACCUAAAACUCGAACUUCUAAGCCUAUGAUUCCAGUUGAUAAACCUACGAUUGCUGAUCACAAACUAAAAUUUGUUUUCACACCGGUGCUAAGAUCGAUCUUUACUUCGGAAUUGUCUGUACCGAAAGAACAUGUGAAAACUCCAAAUUCAGUUUCCCCAAUAAAAAUACCGACUAUUGUACAAACCGAUCAAUCGCUUAAUAAUUCAUUAGAUUCGCGGUCUAAGUCACCGCUCACUGGGUUUCCAAAUUUAAGUCGCCAACAAGCUAUAUCAUCAAUAUUGUCAUCCACCACACCAGACAUAAUCCAAUUUUAUAAAAAUCUCAAAACCACUUAUCCUAACGGGAAGGAAUUCAUUAACAAUUUAAUGAAAUUAGAAACACGCCGUAAUCUUGGAUAUUUUACCGUACAAAACAAUAAAACAAUUCACCAUCAACAAAAGUCUUGUACUGCAACUACUCCUCCUCAUAUGAUACACUACCUUUCAAAAUCUAAAGAAUAUCAAACUUCAUCACGUAUCUACAAUUACAACAAUGACCUUACAGAUAAUGGCUACUUGAACAACAAAUGCGUUACAAGUGAAAACAAUAAAGGUUCAGAUUCACUCUUUAUCCCUGUUGAAACUGUUAAAACAACCUAUAAAUCUAACAAUAAGCCCAAGUUAAAGUCUAUUUCACUCAAAAACGUUAUCCAUAAUCCAUCUCAGCAUAACGAUAGCGGCGAUAGCAAAAAACAAGCCAUCGCUUUACAGACAAAUGCUACCAAUAUGAUGCCUAUCAUUACUACCACUAACUAUCCAGUUAUCCCUAUUCCCACGACUACUAUCACUACCACAACCACUAAAGCUUUGGCCAAUGUCGUCUGUGCUACGUCGCCUAUUUUGUCCACGAUCUCUGAAGCAAUCACAGCUAGUGAAGAGCUAACUACUAUCGAAAUGGAUUCUACAGCAACCAACACCUCAACUUUAAUUACUGCCAUCGCUGGCACUUCCACAACCAUUAUGAACACCAAAAUCCCUGUCAUUACUGAUACGGUUACCAUCACAUCAGGCAUCACUUAUACCGUUAAUGGCUAUACUACUAACACUACCGACUUUAAAGAAUCUACCACAACAAAUAUUGCUUCCGCAGUUUCCUCAACCAUCAAUGCUGAUUCAAUUACAGAAAUUAUAACAACUGUAAUUCACGAUACUGACUCGGCUAAAAUUAACUUCGAAUCGUCUAAAAUAACCAAUUUAAUUUCUACCGAAUAUCCUACUGCAACUGACGCAUUCACCACCAUUAACGCAACCACUAAUAUCCCAGGUAUCACUACCACCACAGCAGCCAUUUCUACGAUCACAAUGUCUAACGCCUCACAAUUUACUUUUAAUGAAAAUACUGUGGACAAAUUAGUUCCCACAAAUUCAAUUGAAAGUAUUCUCAAUGAUAUUACCAAUAUUUCCACACCGAUUUCGUCAGACAUCGUUAAAGCAUCCGCCGCUGAAUUGUUAUCGUCGUCGUCGAGUAAAAUAAAGCAGUUAUCCGACUCAGCUAAAAUUGACUCUGAAUCGUCUACUAUUACUAAUGUAAUUACCACUGAAUUUCCUACUUCAACUAUUAUUGUCGCUGACGCAUUUACCACAAUUAAUGUAACCACUGAUAUCUUAGGUGUCACUACCACCACAGCGGCCAUUUCUACGACCACAAUACCUAACGCUUCACAAUGUACGUCUAAUGAAAAUAGCGUAAACAAAUUAAUUCCCAAAACUCCAACUGAAAGUAUUAUUAAUGAUAUUAAAAAUAUUUACUCUCCGGUAUCGUCAGACAUCGUUAAAGCAUCCACUGCUGAACUGUUAUCGUCGUCGUCGAGUUAA